UCUCUCUCUUCAGUGCGCCUCUGUGUCUCUCAGCUGUCGGACGUUUUUCUUCUCUCUCCAUCUAAAGUUUGUGUCUCCCUGCAGGACCAUGUCCUGGACCAGCAGCAGGACUCUCUCUCUCCCUCUUCACAGUUCUGACCUGACAUGAAGGACUGAAGUUUGAGGAAGCAGCACCCCCUGCUGGACACCUGCUGCAGCUGCGGGCCAUGGCUGAGCCCACCUACUCCGACCUGAUUGCCAAACACUACAAUUACACUGGCAAGUUCCGAAAGACAGAGCAGGACUCGGGUCUGAAGGCCGACUCUGUGGUUUUCAUCAUUGUGUGCUGCUUCAUCAUCCUGGAGAACAUCCUGGUCCUGACCACCAUCUGGAGAACCAAGAAGUUCCACAAGCCCAUGUACUACUUCAUUGGGAACCUGGCUCUGUCCGACCUGCUCGCAGGUAUCGUCUACACCGCCAACAUCCUGCUGUCGGGCGCCAACACCUACAAGCUGACGCCAACGCAGUGGUUUAUCAGGGAGGGCAGCAUGUUUGUGGCUCUGGCAGCGUCCGUCUUCAGCCUGCUGGCCAUCGCCAUUGAGCGCCACCUGACCAUGCUGAAGAUGAAGCUGCACAACAACGGCAAUACCUGCCGUGUCUUUCUGCUCAUCAGCACUGUGUGGAUGAUCGCGGCGGUGCUGGGUGGUCUGCCAGUGAUGGGCUGGAACUGCAUCCAGAACAUGAUGCAGUGCUCCACCGUGCUGCCGCUCUACCACAAGACCUACAUCCUGUUCUGCACCACCGUCUUCAGCGUCAUCCUUAUGGCCAUCGUGGUCCUCUACGCCCGCAUUUAUGCACUGGUAAGAACGCGCAGCCAAAAACUUGUUUUCCGCAAAGUGACCAAUGGACGCAGUAGCUCCAGCGCCAACAGCAAGAGUUCAGAGAAGUCUCUGGCGCUGCUGAAGACUGUCAUCAUCGUCCUGAGCUGCUUCAUCGCCUGCUGGGCGCCGCUCUUCGUCCUCCUGCUGCUGGAUGUCGCCUGUGAGACCCUGAGCUGUGCCAUCCUCUACAAGGCAGAGUGGUUCUUGGCACUUGCCGUCCUCAACUCCGCCAUGAACCCACUCAUCUACACACUGACCAGCAAUGAGAUGCGCUGUGCAUUUCUCAAGACUCUGCUGUGCUGCACCUCCUGCAUCCGAGCCAACGCCAAGUUCCCCGGGCCCAUCAUGGGCGCCGAGUUCAGCCGCAGCAGGUCCGAUAACUCCUCCCACCCCAACAAGGAGGAACUAGAGUACUCGCCCAGGGAGACGACUGUGGCGUCGUUGGGAAACAUCACAUCGUCAUGAACGUGAGGAUGUUCGUGUUUGUACAGGAAACAGGAGUGAGCGCCACCAGGUGGUGAUCUCACAAACCAAUCAACUGAUUGAUUAGGAUUCACAGCACUUAUGGAAACUUUAAAAAAAACUGGGACCAGGUGGAGAAAGUCCACAUGCAGGUGGACCUCCAGCCUUCAGCUACACUUCAGGUCCACCUGGACUCACCUGGUUAACGAGGACCAGGGCAUUCUGGGAUUUCCUGGACUCACCUGGUUGAUGUGGAUUUAACGUGGACUAUGGUAGUGACUCAGAGCUCAGGUGAAUCUCUAAUCACAUGUGAGUUCAGGACCUGGAAUCUGAGGUUUCAAACGUUAGUUGUCAUAGAAACCACUGGUGCGACUGUAUUUGCUGUCUGUUGUCAUCAGUAGUGAUGUGUGUGUAGGCAAAUUAAUUUCAUGACCUCAGUUUGUUUGUUGGAAGCUCAGUUCUGCUGAAACCAACCGUAAAAAUAAACACUUUAUGUUUUUAAUGUUUAUUUUAGCAGGAAUGAGCCUCUGUUACCAUGGUGAUCACCCUGAUCAAUUAAUACAUUAAUGUUUUUCAGCACUGUUCCUGAAUGUUUGUUAGCACUUAAUAAAGACAGAAAUAGAAACAA